AUGGUAGCAAGGGGGGCAUUGUUGACAUUGUCGCGCACAGCUGAUUGUGAGUAGGGAUGGCGGCCAAAGGAGCACACAUCACACAGAACGAGGAGAUAAAACCGUCGCUGUUCGAGGUCCUAGCAGCCGAUGCACUCGACACGACCUUCUAUCCUGCCAUCAGGCGAGUCGUCGAUUUUCUAGCCGCUGCCAAGCCGACCGUUUUUGGGCGCUGUGUCCAGUUUUACGACGAGUUGUACCUGCUGUUCAAUGGGCUGGUGCAGGGUUACUAUCUGCAGCGAUAUGGAGGCUCCCUGGCGGAGGUUUUCUACGGACUUACGCGACAAUCGAAGGGCCGCGGCGAGGACACAUUCACGGUGCGCGAUCGAAACCUGUCGUUCGUGGUGCUGGUAGUGUUACCGUACGUGUCCCGGAAGCUGGAAACCCACAUCACACGAUGGCGGAAUGAUCUGGAGGAUGGAAAAUCGGUAAGCGCGGAACGGAGGGCACUCGUCCGCUUGAUGCCGUUUGCGAAGGCCGCCUACGAAAGCGUUAAGCUGGUGCACUACGUAGCCUACUUGGCGGGUGGUAGUACGGACCACUCGCCGUUACUACGGUUGCUACGCCUAUCGCUAACCUAUCACUCCGAGGAAGAGGAAAGCUGGUCCCUUAGCGAGGUCUUCCAGGGCAAAGUGAGGAUUGCUACUGUGCUCAGUACGGCACUGUUGCGGUGGUUGGAAUUGUCCGCCUUUUUCCUACAAUUCAUCGAAUGGUGGCAAACUGAGGCCAACAUCGGUGAUCUGUCGAAGCUACCGACCCCGGAGGCUCCCGGGCUGGAUAUCAACGCCUCGAAAUACGCCGGCAUUUGUCCGAUCUGCCUGCAGAAACACAUCAUUCCGACGGCCAUUUCCGUGUCAGGAUACGUUUAUUGCUACCGGUGCAUCGUGAUGCAUCUGCAAAAGGAAAGCAAGUGUCCGGUUACCAAAUAUCCAGCGACAAUCAACGAUCUCAUCAGGGUGUACACGGAUGACGACAGCUAAAUUGCGCAACGGGAACUCUGGUGAGCAUGGGGUGGGUGGGUUUUAGAAUAAGACUAUUCAAUGGCUGGUAGAAUAGCAAUUGUACAAAAAGGCGGUGAAAGACUGAAUAAAUGUUGACUCCCAGGAACAUUUCGCGCCUGCAUGCGCGUGUAAUUAAAGGAUUAUAAGAUAAGUUGCUUAUCUUUAAAUUAACCUCCUAAACCCUUGGCGUGUUGUGCUGUGCCUA